AUGUUUACCCUCACAGAAGUUGCCUCUCUAAAUGACAUCCAGCCAACUUAUCGGAUACUGAAACCAUGGUGGGACGUCUUUAUGGAUUACCUGGGUGUGGUCAUGCUAAUGCUGGCCAUAUUUGCCGGGACCAUGCAGUUAACCAAAGAUCAGGUGGUUUGCCUUCCUGUUCUGGAAUCGUUGGAGGACCAAACCCCCGUGGCCACGGAAAGGCCACCAGAGAAAGCUCUUGGCCCAGGGACAGGAGGAGGCCAUGUGACAUUGGCAGCUGCACCUUUAGCAAGCAAAGAACAAACCGACAGUGUUGUCCAACACUUCCCACAGUCGUCUGCUGUCAAGCAACCUCAGCCUAUGGGUUUACGAACAAAUCUGGAUUUUCAGCAGUAUGUCUUUGUUAAUCAGAUGUGCUACCAUGUUGCCCUCCCAUGGUAUUCAAAAUACUUUCCAUAUCUAGCUCUCAUUCACACUAUUGUUCUCAUGGUAAGCAGUAACUUUUGGUUCAAGUAUCCAAAGACCAGUUCCAAAAUUGAGCAUUUUGUGUCUAUUUUGGGCAAGUGUUUUGAGUCCCCUUGGACAACCAAGGCAUUGUCUGAGACAGCCUGUGAAGACUCCGAAGAGAAUAAGCAGAGAUUGACUGGAGCCUCUACGUUACCAAAGCACUUUUCAACCAGCAGUGAGGAGGGAAGUCCAAAUCAGUCCACACCCAUGCUCGCAAAAUCUAACAUUAAGUUUUCUGCAGAGAAGCCAGUCAUUGAGGUUCCAAGUAUGACUAUACUUGAUAAGAAAGAUGGAGAGCAAGCUAAAGCACUUUUUGAGAAAGUGAGAAAGUUCCGCACACAUGUCGAAGACAGUGACAUGAUCUACAAACUCUAUGUAGCUCAAACAAUAAUAAAAACGGUCAAAUUCAUUCUGAUUCUGUGCUACACCAUGACCUUUGUCACGUCCAUUAAAUUUGACCAUGAUUGCGAGCCUGAAAUUAAGCAUUUAACUGGAUACGCAAAAUUUAAAUGCACCCAUAACAUGGCUUUCAUGUUGAAAAAACUCCUUGUUAGCUACAUUGUCCUCAUUUUUGUUUAUGGCUUGGUUUGCAUUUACACUCUCUUUUGGCUGUUUAGACGGCCUCUUAAAGAGUACUCUUUUGAGAAAGUUCGAGAAGAAAGCAGUUUUAGUGAUAUCCCAGAUGUGAAGAAUGACUUUGCUUUCCUCCUACACAUGGUGGAUCAAUAUGACCAAUUGUACUCGAAACGUUUCGGUGUCUUUCUCUCAGAGGUAAGCGAGAACAAACUGCGGGAAAUCAGCUUAAACCAUGAGUGGACCUUUGAGAAACUACGCCAACACGUGACUCGCAAUGCACAGGACAAGCUUGAGCUGCAUCUUUUUAUGCUCUCGGGCGUUCCUGAUGCGGUCUUUGACCUCACUGAUUUAGAGGUCCUGAAACUAGAACUCAUCCCAGAGGCGCGUAUCACAGCGAAAAUCUCCCAGAUGAUCAACCUCCACGAGUUGCACUUUUACCACUGCCCCGCCAAAGUCGAACAGACUGCAUUCAGUUUCCUGCGCGAUCACCUCCGGUGCCUUCAUGUCAAGUUUACGGACGUAGGAGAGAUUCCCACUUGGGUUUACAUGCUGAAGAACUUGAGAGAGCUCUACUUGGUGGGAAACUUGAACUCAGAGAAUAACAAAAUGAUAGGAUUAGAGUCCCUCAGGGACUUGAGGCAUCUAAAGAUCCUACAUCUGAAGAGCAACCUUACCAAGAUCCCGACUAACAUUACGGACUUGUCACCCCACCUGAUCAAACUUGUGGUUCACAAUGAUGGUACUAAACUCUUGGUGUUGAACAGCUUGAAAAAGAUGAUGAAUCUUGCUGAACUGGAGCUGCACAAUUGUGAACUGGAGCGGAUACCGCAUGCAAUUUUUAGUUUGACCAACCUGCAGGAGUUGGACUUGAAAUCGAACAAUAUCCGUACCAUUGAAGAGGUCAUCAGCUUCCAGCACCUCAAACGGCUUAACUGCCUCAAACUGUGGCAUAAUAAAAUCAUUUCCAUUCCAUUGUCCAUAAGUCACGUAAAAAACCUAGAGUUCCUCUAUCUGUCACAUAACAAACUAGAGACCUUGCCUACCACCCUGUUCAAUCUUCUUAAACUGAGAUACCUGGAUGUUAGCCACAACUCCAUCGUAGUGAUUCCUCCAGAGGUGGGGUUUCUCCAGAAUCUACAGCACUUUGCCAUCACAGGAAACAAGGUGGAAGUGGUACCCAAGCAGCUGUUCAAAUGCACAAAGUUGCGUACCCUAUCGCUUGGGCACAAUUGCAUCUCGUUGCUGCCAGAGAAAAUCGGGCAGUCGCUGCAGCUGACUUAUCUUGAACUGAAGGGGAACUGCCUGGAUCGCCUGCCCAUACAGCUUGGCCAGUGCCGACUCUUGCGCCGAAAUGGCCUCAUUGUGGAAGACCACCUUUUUGAUUCACUGCCCCUAGAGGUCAAAGAGAGCAUAAGUCAGGAAACCAGUGCUAAUUUUGCUAACGGAGUGUGAGUGUGGAUCAGAAAAAACCUGGCAAGAUGGUUUUCUGAGUGAACGGAAUCAGAGUGCACAAAAGGCAGUGUUCAGUACUUCUGUUUUUUUUUUUUUUUAAACCUUUGUUGUUUUAUCCAGGACUGUGGGCAUGAAUGGAUGUUCUGUGUGUAAGGAAUGAGUCCAGUAUCAAAACUUAUGUUAACAUUCAAUGUCAUUUUUUUGGACAGGCCAAAACAAAUUGCCGGCAAGUCAAUAUAAACGUUUGUGAAUUUUAACUGCAUAGAAUUCUUGAGAAUUAUUCAAAUGUUUGAGAAGAUUAUGCCUGUCUGCAUGGGUUUUUGUUCUUUUAAAAUGUUUUUUUGUUUGUUUUUAUCAUUUGCCCAUGUUACAGUGGAAGUAUAAUUCAGAUCACUUGUUUUCUGUUCAUUUUCAGUAGCAUUCAUGUUAACAUUUUCACCAGCUGUUAUUCGCACAGUCUGCAUCACAUGCAUUGUGUAUUGUGGUGCCAUUAAUGAUUGUAUUUAUUGUUUGGGAGAACCCAGAACAACUGACAUUUUAUUAUAAAGUUAAUCACAACUACUGUACUCGACUAUAAGUGGUAAAAGAAAAAAGUGAAAAAGUCUCCCUGGAAUUCCCCAAAAAGGAAUUCUCAUUUGGGUUUAGAUAAAAGUGCACUAAAGUCAUUUAAGAUGUGCUCUGAAGUGUUUAAGAAACUGAAUGUUUGCAUUGAUACAAAGUUAUAUCCGUCAAAGAUUCAAUCAAACAGUAUAUUUUAUACCUCAGUUACUAUCUGUUUUUUUUUAUGAAACUGUCCACCUAUUCAAUGUUUAUUAACCAAAAUACUUGGAACUGAAUAACAAUGUUUGUUGAUGCAGUGCAAUGCACAAGACACCUUUAGUCUGUGCAAGUUUUGGGAAUAAAAUAGCCUUUUCCUUCUUAACAUUAUCUUUUCAUGUGGGUUACAGAAGUGAUGCAUAAGUUAUGUUGACCUCAUUUGACUUGUGCAUGUUUUGUAUAUAACACCAUAUGAUGGGACAGACUUGUGUGUAUACACUGCAUGGUCCUUAAUGCUCAAAACCUCCAGUAGACAUGUAUUGGUAAAUUGCCCUGAUAUAUAUAUAUUCUAACAUCAUAUGUUAGCCUGUAACUGUGUAUGAUUACCAUCUGUUUUACUGUUAGCCCUUACUGGCUAGUAAAAGUAAUGAAAAUGCUUGCAUUGUGUGAAUCACUGUUAUAAGUUACCUUGCUCUGUCUGCGCUGUGCAUGCCCAUGCAGUCAGCUUUUGAGGCAAAUGCACAAAAAAGUGACUUGCCAGAUGUUAAGUAUCGAUAUUCACGCCAAUGUUGGAAUUACGUGUUAGAUGUCCCUAACCUGAACAUUUGUUGUUUCAUUUUUCUUGACAAUGUAACAAAUCUAUCAUAAAUUAAUAAAACAUGGUCAAGAUUGAAUAGUUGUUUUAUAGUUUAAUAAAAAAAUAAAGAUUGUUGUCAUUUACUCAUCCUAAUGUCAUUCCAGACAUCUAGACAACCUGUAUGAAAGAAUGAAAGUUGUUUGGAUCACAUUGACUUUUAGAUUUUUUUCAUUAAAUAUUUUAUUUUA